AUGGCAACACCAACGCCAGGCGGCAAACACCCGGCCGCCCAAGUUGUAGCAACCCCACCAGUCUCGACACCCUUCUCAGCUUCAAACCACCCCUCCCACCCUGCCUUCUCGCCCCAUGGGCCCCGCUCUGUCGUCCCUUCACCGCAGCAGGUGAAGAAGUCACCUGCAAACUCGAAUACGUUGUACGGCUACCCUGCCGGCAACCAUCCUACCAACAGUAGCUUUGGCCAGGGGUAUGAUAGCCCAAGUGCACAGCUGGCAUUGGGUGGUAAUCCGGGCUUGGAGGGGUUAGGACUCGAGGGGAUGGGGAGUAUGGGGACACCGAUGGCUGGUGUAGUGGGAGGAGCUUUGGGUAGUGCGAGGGCGGAUGAGGAUGAGAGAAGGAGGAAGUUGGGGGUUGUGAUGGAUGUUUUGAAGACGAACAAAGGCCGGCUCAGCGAAGCAGGUAUCGAACGACUAGCACGCAGGGUGGGAUUGGAUGCAUUGUGGGAAGACCAUAUGGGUAGUGGAGCCAGCACGCGGACAUUGAUCAUUGCAGGUUCUGCUCUGGCACUCGAGAUUGACUUUGCAAAUAACGUGGUGAAGAAGGUGUCUCUUUCAUUCCCUGAGAGCCCGGAGAUUGUAACGAGGCAUACGCAUAACGCGGGGGCUAUACUCUUAAGGGAUCUGGAAUUUCGGCCAAAUGAGAGCCCGCUGACGAAGAUGCUAGAUAGGUUUGCGGCGAAUCUAGAGAGGUUGGCACAGUUGGAUAAACUGAGUGUUAUUCCGGGACUAAAUUGCCACGAGGCGAUUGCAGGGAUCUAUGAGAGUUUGGAGAGGCUGCAUUUAUGGGAAGUGGCGAGGCUGAGAGAGGGAGGGGAGAUGGUAAAGAGUGAUGGAGAUGAGAUUGAGAGGACGGCAAUGUGUACGAAGAGCGGUAAGCCGGUAAUGCAUACGAGGGACCGAUUAGGGUUGAGCUUGGAUUACUGGCAAGAGAAACGUCGAAUCGGAGGUAAGGCCAGCGAGAAGACCUGGUCUAUAUUGGUUGACUGCGCUCCAACACCGGCUUUGGGUUACCUGCCCAUCCGAGUCUCUGAAAAUUGGAUUUCAACAAAUAUCCUGAAGGCAGAUCCUCCAGCGGAGGAUCUCCUUCUGGCCCCCGAACACGGUCCUAUUCUUGAUUGGUUAGAGCCCGAAAAUAUACUGCUUCCCUCGACAGACCCGCCCAAGCCGGAUGCUAUGGAGGGCGUGGAGCAAGCGGCUACAGGUCAAAAAUAUCCAGAAGUUAUGUUCGUAGCGAAAUUCGACCCUCCUGUCAUCAUUCCUUACUCACUCGCGGCACAAAUACAUCACUCCACGAACGCAACGAUGGAUGUAUUCCAGACCACUACAUUCGAUGGGUUGAUGUUUCCACGCGGUCCAGACGAUAAAGUCGACAGCGAAUCGAGGGUCAUUAGCAGAGAAGUCGAAGUACCUAUCUUCACCAAGGAGGGAGGGAAGACUACUCACACUCACCUACCCAAAUUAUGGAUUGUAAAAAUUGAUUAUGGCCGAAGUUUGACGGAGUUACCUUUUUCACAUCCAAGACAGCUGGUACAAAUGCUUCCUGCUCUUCGACAGUAUGCGUUUCUCUCAACACUCCUAGGGAACAGCUUCGGUGCGGACUCCAAGCUUGUGGCACUGGAAAGCCCGAAGACAAAUAGAAAGAGCAAAAGGGCUGAGUUUGCAGACUUCAUGGCGCAGACUUCCCUUCCAGAAGGAGGGCCUCUCCGCUAUGAUGUGGCGUUGUAUACGCAACCAGCUCUGAAAUUGCAGGUAGCUUUCCCUUUUAGAGGCAGGGAUGCUCUUGUCGCGUUUGAGAUUAAGCUCAAUGGUGUAGUUGAGGUGGUUGGGCAAAAUAUACUGCAUGGGAAGGCUGGGGAUGAAGACGAGGGUAAGCAGAAGGCGUUGACUGAAGCUGAUCUGGGGAAAAUGCUUGAGAUUACUGAGGAUAUUGGGAUCUGGUUGGAGUUUGUGAUUCGGCGUUUGGGAGGCUCAUAA